CUUCAGUGGUGUCUCCAUUUAAACAGUCUAUGAUUGUUGAAGCACUAGCCAUCGUUUGACUGUCCAAAUCAUGACAGGCCAACAAUCCUACCACACAUGGAUUAGGGGCUCUCAAAUUCAUAGAUAAUUUGAGAGUCUCAAAUUCUCAAAUCCUCACCUUUCAACUAAUCUAACGAUAAAUACACAACCAUGUGUUCCUUCCAAUUUUACGUUUCUUUUUCCAGUUACGAUUUUCAAAUUUCAAAACAACAUUUGUUCUGUCGAAAUAGCAGUUCCUUCUCUCAUCUCCAUUUCUCGAGUUCCUGGUCAGGGGUUUCAAUCCAAAGCUAUUUUCCUCUAAUAUAAGAUUGCUCUCUCUUCUGGGUGUGGCUUGCAAUCCAUGUUACUGGUUCUCUUUCAGUUUUAUUUCUCCUCCCUGCGUAUCGGUGUGGUGUUUUAGUGUUGGCAGGUUUCUUUUAUUCUCUUUGUUCUUGCUUUUAUUGGGCACUUAUAUGGGUGUGAAUGCACACAAAGUGUUUGAUAAAAGUCCCCACCAAUUUGCAUUGGCACAAACCCUUUUAAAGUAUGAUAUAUGUUAAUCUGGAUAAUCUUGUUUCUAAUGUCAAAAGAAUUAUUUUGGAGCAUAUGAGUGCUUGGAAUGGUAAGAAUCUGAUUAGCAAGUAACAUAGCGUGAUCUACAUGGGAUGGGAGGGGCUGAAAUGAUUCCAAUCAAUUCCACCCAUCAUAGCCGUUGGUUGCACUUGAUUGAUAAUGUAAUUAAGUGCAAUCAAUGAUGAUGCAAUGAUUCUGAUGGGUAGAAUUAGUUGGAAUCAUCUAUUACUAUAAGGGCUAAAAAGGCAUUUUUAAUUUAUAUAAGAGCUUAUUUUUAACAAAUAAAAAUAAAAAUAGAGAGGCUAAAAAGACACUUUUACCAAGGUAAAGGGUCCUUUUAGAUCUUAUCCCUAUUAUGUACUCUGUUGAAACGUAAGAGAAGAAGUGGACAUCAUCACAUGCACAAAAUAAAUGGAAAAGAGUAAACCUUUCAAGUCCAUGCAUUAAAUUUCCCUUUCAAGUUCGUUCAUUACUGACCAAUUCCUCAAAUUCGUAAUCAUCCACCAUGUCUGCAUUGCAUAAAUGAAACCCACCACGCAAACCAUCUAUUGAUUCCUUCUCUUCAAUGUUCUUUCAAGAUCUGAACAAAAAAGUUCUCUGCUUUGCCAAUAAAGAUGAAGUUCGGCAAGGAAUUCGCAGCACAGAUGAUACAAGAGUGGCAAGAAGCGUACAUGGACUACCGCCAUCUCAAAAAAGUAUUGAAAGACAUACUACAUUUCAGGAAGAAACACUCGUCACCAUCACCAACAGCAGCAACAACUUCCAAAGGAAAAUUGAAGAGAAGGGUUUCACUCUACAGAACCUUUAGUGGUCUAACAAGCAGAAUUAAUGGAAGAUCUCCCAAGGGAAAUGAAGAUGAAGUGAUACUAGUUAGUGCUGUUCAAGGUGAAGGGAUUGAUUCAACCCAUUACCAGACAAUGUUUUUAAUGUCGGCAGGCGAUGAAGGAGAGAAUGAGCUUCUGUUCUUUAGAAGGCUUGAUGUUGAGUUCAAUAAGGUACUUGAUUUCUAUAAGAAGAAAGUGGAGGAAGCGAUGGGAGAGGCUCGUGAGUUGAGUGAACAAAUGAAUGCUUUGAUUGCUUUUCGGAUUAAGGUCGAUGAUCCUGUCUUUCGAGGGGCUAAGAUGACCAAUCUGGCAAACAAUGGCGUUCUGGGUUCUGAUCAUCCUUCAAGAACAGGGCAAUCAAAUAUGGAGACAAUUCAGGAAGUUGAGAUGAGCAGUGAAAGUGUUUCAGAAGAAGGAGAACAGAGAAUAAGCAAGAGUGAUCAUAUCCAGGGCUUUAGACCAGCUCCACUAGAAGUACUUGAUCAUGUGAAGAUUAAUAUAAGCCCUGAUACGCCAGUAUCGACUGUGAAAACUAUCCUAAAUUGCUUCAAUUCGGGCGUGUCGUACAGCAAGAAAGAGUUGAAGAUGGUGGAGUCAAUAAUGAUGCGAGCUCUUGUCGAAUUCUAUCAAAAGCUUCUGUCUUUGAAAAGCUACUGCUUCUUGAAUCAAUUGGCAUUCUCCAAGAUCAUGAAGAAGUAUGACAAGAUAACUUCAAGGAAUGCUUCGAAGGAGUACUUACGGAUGGUUGACAAUUCAUAUCUUAGCCGCUCUGAUGAGAUUACUAAGCUCAUGGAAAGAGUAGAGGUUACAUUCGUUAAACACUUUGCGAGUGGAAAUCGUCGAAAAGGAAUGGCCAUAUUAAGACCAAACGCCAGAAGAGAAAGGCAUAAAACUACUUAUUUCUUUGGAUUCUUUUCUGGCGGCGCAAUAGCACUCAUUGUGGCCAUUUUUGUUCUUUUACAUGCCAGAGAUGUCUUCCAGAGUGCAGGACGUACACAGUACAUGGACAACAUAUUCCCUCUUUACAGUUUGUUCGGAUUCAUUGCCUUGCAUAUGGUGAUGUAUGCUGGAAAUGUGUACUUUUGGAAGCGUUAUAGGGUCAAUUAUUCCUUCAUUUUCGGGUUCAAGCAAGGAACUGAGUUGGGUUAUAGAGAAGUAUUACUUCUAAGUUCAGGCCUUGUAGUACUUACAUUUGCUGGAGUUCUGUCAAACCUGGACAUGGAGAUGGAUCCAAGAACAGAAAGUUUCAUGGCAGCAACUGAGUUAGUUCCUCUUGGACUGCUCACUCUUGUUCUUCUGAUAACAUUCUGCCCGUUCAACAUCAUAUAUUGUUCAAGUCGCUUCUUCCUUAUCCGCAGUGCAUUUCAUUGCAUUUGUGCUCCUUUUUACAAGGUCACUCUCCCGGAUUUUUUCCUUGCAGAUCAGCUUACUAGCCAAGUACAAGCUUUCAGAAGUUUGGAAUUCUAUAUUUGCUACUAUGGUUGGGGGGAUUUCAUGAGGAGGUCAAACACAUGUCAAGCAAGCGAUAUUUACGAGGCCUUCAAUUAUGUCGUAACAAUUAUUCCAUACUGGCUUCGUUUCCUCCAGUGUUUUCGACGUUUACUCGAAGAGAAAGAAAGAAUGCAUGCACUAAAUGGGCUGAAAUACAUGUCAACAAUCAUCGCAGUCGCUGCCAAAACAGGUUACGAAUUGAACAAAACAAUGACUUGGAAAACCACGGCCAUAGUCACUUGUGGUGUUGCAACAGUUGUCAACACAUAUUGGGACAUAGUCAUAGACUGGGGUCUUCUACAAAGAAAUUCAAGAAAUCCAUGGCUUAGAGACAAGCUCCUUGUACCAAAUAAAAUUGUCUACUUUGUAGCUAUGGUGUUAAAUGUCGUACUAAGGCUUGCCUGGAUGCAGACCGUGUUAGGCUUCACAGAAGCACCUUUUCUACACAGAACAGCCUUGAUUGCAAUAGUUGCAAGCUUGGAGAUCAUUCGCCGCGGCCUCUGGAAUUUCUUCAGGUUGGAGAAUGAGCACUUGAAUAAUGUGGGGAAGUAUAGAGCUUUCAAGUCAGUACCACUACCUUUCAACUAUGAUGACCGUGAAGAUAAGAUGUAGAAUUGUUUGAGACCAAAAUAGUAUUUUUUUUUUUUAAUGAAUUUAUGUGCACAGAUGUUUAUUAUAGCAAAUUCUCAAUUUGCUACAAUCAUGCUUAUAAUUUAGAAACCCAAAAUAACAAUCCAGAGGUGGUUUGAUUGACAAUCGGUUGGGUUAAACAUAUAUGU